GAAGUUAGGUAUUUGAUGCCGCACGACACCCGUAUUCCGACAAGCCCCGCCCUACUGCACGACGAUUGGUUAAUAGUUUGUCAGAGUGUCUCCUUUGAGUGUAAACUGCUAGCCAAUCGUAACGCACAAAGGGCGGGGCUUACUGAAAACGGGUUGAGUGUUGUGAUUGUUAAGUCGGUCGUCUUUAAGCCAGAUGUUACCGAAAUGACCGUAAAGCUGCUGAUAUUGUUGGCCGUCACUCUGCUGUCUCAUCGGAGCGAGUGCCAUCAGGCCGUCCUGCAUGUCUCUGAUUGGAGCACGUAUAGGGAGUACUGUAUGGUUUACAACGCAUCAUUGUCCAACAUCUCCAGGUCUCUUAGUGAUGCUGUGCGCUAUAAGCUGGUGAACCUGACCUCGACCAUGCUGUGUGAUGCAAGUGGAGUCAAGCCAGACUCGGUGAAGGGCGCAGCGGUGUGUGUGAUGAGGGGAGACUGUACCUUCAUCCAGAAAGCUCAGGUGGCUCAGCAGCUCGGAGUCAAAGUGCUCCUCAUCGCCAGCAAAGACGCCAUGGGAACUCCGUCACUCAAUAACAGCGAUGUUGAGAAAGUGACCAUUCCUGUGGCGCUUAUGAGAUACCGCGACAUCCUGGAUGUGCAGAAGGUGUUUACAGAUGGGAUGGAGGUGCAGCUCUAUGCUCCACUCACUCCUGAAUUUGAUGCCAGCGUCAUUAUCAUGCUCGCGAUCGCCGUCUUCACCGUGGCUAUGGGUGGCUUCUGGAGCGGGGCUGCUGAGAAGGCAAAGCAGAGUGUGACGGCGCUCUCUGCAGGAGAGGAGCGGUCAGACAGCGGUGAUCUUACACUCUACUCCCCGCUGAAGGUGAUGCUGUUCGUCGCGCUCAUGUGUGUGAUGCUCGUCCUCAUGUACUUCUUCUACAAGUACCUCGUCUACGUGAUCAUCGUGAUCUUCUGUCUGGCGUCGGCUACAGGACUCUACAGCUGCCUCGAGGCACUACUGAAUGCAGUGGGGUGCAGUAAAAUCAGUGUGUCCUGUAGGGAGAAGAGCUUCUCUGUGAGGAACCUGCUGCUUGGUGCUGUGUGCAUCACUCUGGCUGUGGUUUGGGGUGUGUACCGAAAUGAGGACAGGUGGAUCUGGAUUCUGCAGGAUGUUCUCGGAGUUGCUUUCUGUCUAAACUUCAUGAAGACCAUCACACUUUCUAAUUACAAGAUCUGUGUGAUCUUGCUCAGCCUGCUGCUCGUUUAUGACGUCUUCUUUGUCUUCAUCACUCCGUUCCUCACAGCUAAUGGAGAGAGCAUCAUGGUGCAAGUUGCUCUCGGCCCAGGUGCUGGAGGAGAAAAGGGCAGUGGGGAUGUUGUGGUUCCAGCAGAUCCCACACCCUCAUAUGAAAAAUUGCCUGUGGUGAUGCGUAUUCCACGGUUCUCUGCGUGGGCUGAAAACUUGUGUGAGAUGCAGUUCUCCAUCCUUGGUUAUGGUGACAUCAUCAUUCCAGGCCUGUUGGUGGCGUACUGUCACCGGUUCGAUGUGUGGAUCGGCAGCUCAAACAGAAUCUACUUCAUCUCCUGUGCUGUCGCGUACACUCUGGGUCUGGUGUUGACCUUCGUGGUCAUGUUGCUAUCUAAGAUGGGUCAGCCGGCUCUACUGUACUUGGUCCCGUUCACUCUGCUCGCCAGCGGCCUGCUCGCAUGGAAACGCAAAGAGUUCAAACAGUUCUGGGCGGGAACGACCUACCAGGUGUUGGACUCAUCCAGGGAACCUUUAAUUCCAGAUGGAGACUCUGAAUAUCCAAGGGCAGUGAGGAAGUGCUGAUCAGCUGGAUUUUAUGCGAGUGUGUGUGUGUGUGCGUGCGCGAGUGUGUGUGCGUGCGCGAGUGUGUGUGCGUGCGCGAGAGUGUGUGUGUGUGUGCGCGCGCGAGUGUGUGUGUGUGAAGGUGUACUGAGCACUUUAAGCCCUGUGAUUGGCUGUAUCAGGACCAAUACAGCCUUAUCACACUAUCUUUAAUAAACAAUAUUAAUAUCUAUUCAAAAGACAGCCUUAAUCAGUGCCUCAGGCUCCGCCCACAACACACAUUAACACGUGAUCACAGUUACACAGACGGUGUAAAAACAAGGUGGAGACGAGACACAAACAUCCGGAACAACAAAAAUUUCCCUCGGGAUCUUUUAAUCAGUCAGAAAUGAGUAAGAAAACGCCGGUUGUUGGAUGUUGUGUAUUCGAACACAGUGUGACGUCACAAGCAGGUCAUUAAUCCGACUUCCUGCUCUACCUGUCCCGCAGGUACACAAGCGGAAUCUCCACCAUCACGUGUUGACGUGGCGUGUAAGACGGAGCCUGAGUGAUUUUUUUUUAUAAUGAUUUCAGUGUCUGUAUCUAAUCAGGUCUUUAAUCUGUUCUUUUCAUACCUUAAAUUAAAGAUGAACAAAUGUUUGAUGCCA